UUCUUUUUGCCAUCGGAGACCAACCCACGAAGGAAGACGCGAGUCUCGCCUCGGGCAGCGCAGGAUGGACGGAGAAAGCGUGAGCAACGCAGCCCUGUCUACCAACUAUCUCGAUGAUUUUCUGCUGGAGUUUGACCAGGUGGUUCAGGACUUUGACAAGGGGGAGGCUUCUCAGUAUGAGCAACAUCUGGAGGAGCUGAAGAGGAGGACUCUGCCCAGCCUAUAUGACAGCGGCAUUGAUGACUCAGAAAGCAGCAGCACAUCGCCUGGCAGCAGCUUGAACACCAGUGAGGAAGACCUCAACACUCCAGUGACGACAUCCUGCUCCACCGCCAAGCUCGGAGACACCCAAGAGCUGGAGGACUUCAUUGCAGAUCUGGACAGAGUGCUGGAAGAGAUGUGAAUGGCUUCAUCCCGUUUUGCUGGCUGACGUAUUUCCUGUUGCACCUUCGCCCUGUGUGGGCAGGACAUAAGGAAUUCUCCUGGCCUGCUGUUGUACCAGACUUCCAGCCCUGAAGAACCACUGAAGUUCACCGUAUCAGUCUUCUGGUGCCUCUUACAGCAGCUGGUCCUAAUUGCAAUGGACUUCUCCUCUACAGAAAAGGAACUGGAAGUUAAUUUUGUGACCAGGCUGGCUUGGCAUUUUGACUCUUGAUCAUAAGUGAAAACCCCAUCUGCAAGCACAGCAGUGAAAGCAAGAAGACAGUAGAACUGCUUGCCACUUGCUCAAAUUCUUUUGGUUUUGCGAUUUUUAAAUCUGCAUAAUUUUAAAACAUGAACUGGCACAUGACAAUGACUAAUAGUCCUUGGGGGAAAGUUGCAAAUCCAAAGAAGGCUAUGCAGGAAGAGAAAGUGACAGCUUUCUUCAGAAGAGGCUUGAUGACAUCACAAAACCAGCCUGUUCCUCUUAAAUCAUCUCAUCAAGCAUAGAAAUUGAUAUCCCCACCCCCACCCCCCACUUCAUUUGCUCAACUUUCCUCCCCAACCCUAGCAGUUUCUUCCAAAACCAAUUCAAGUUGGCUGGGUCCCAGAGCACACACAAAACUCUUCUGUGCUGCAGCUUCUUCAUUCUCAAUAGACGGAGUAGGUUCGGUGCACCUGGAGGAAUCGUGUGUGUCUGUAUUGGGUCCCAUGUUUGUUUAUUGUGGGGGGGGCGGGGGGGGGCGGUGAGUGAUUUGUCUGUAGCUAUAUUACAGUGUAAAUAUUGUAAACUAAUAAAAUCCUCUCUCUUCAGUC